UCUAUUUCAAGACGCAAAAUCAAAAAUGACGUAUUGUUGUUUUCGUUUUUUAUAUUGAAAUAAGUUGAUUAUUCACUCGAAAUCAUUAAUAAUUACAUUAAUCGUUUAAAAACAUUAUCAAAAACCAACGAAGCAUUUUUUUUUCAAAACACAGUGGUUUGAUUAAAGUUAUCGUGUAAUUAAGUACACUCCCUUGUUCCAAGUGUUCAUUAUUUAUAAUUUUCUCUUGUUAAACAAUGGAUUGCGUUACCACACUUAAAAUUUUGGUAAUUGGUGAAAGUGGUGUUGGAAAAUCCAGUAUCAUCUUAGCGUUCACAACAGGGGACUACAAUGCAUCAUUUCCAGCGACCAUCGGAGUUGAUUACAAAUGCAAGGUCAUGGAAGUGAACGGACUGAAAGUUAAACUCGGCAUUUGGGAUACAGCUGGCCAGGAACGAUAUAGGACUCUGACAAAUAGCUUUUAUAGAGAUGCCCACGGAGCGAUAUUGGUCUAUGACGUAUCGGAACCAAAAACAUUGGCAAAGUUGAAUGAAUGGGUAGAAGAAUUACAAGUGUAUUCCACAAAGAAGAAUAUUGUUUGUCUGGUUGUUGGAAAUAAGAUCGACAAGCCCCGCGUAGUACCUAGGGAAGCCGGGCAGGCCUUCGCACAAAAACACAGAAUGCUUUUCAUAGAAAGCAGUGCCAAGACGCAGGAAGGCAUCAACUUGGCAUUCGAAGAAUUGGUGCAAAAGAUCAUAGAAACACCAGGUCUUUGGGAGUCGACUGGGUCAUCAUCAAAUAUUCGCAUAUCCAACGAGGAGAGGAGACAGCAAGAAGAGGGUUCAUGUUAUGACUACACCUGUUCCAUUUAAUAUCGGUCCGCCGUUUUGUAUUUUGAGUUUCGUGCGUAUUAACACGAUGGCGGUGGAUUUUGAGAUGUAAUGUUUUAUGUUGGUUACGUUAUUCAUUUGAUAAAUAGUAUGUUUAAAUAAAAUUACAUUUUUUGAAAAAUAUACCGCCCUGCCGUUGAUGUUUUCACUUUUUCAAAUUGAGGGGGUUAUGUUCCAUUGUACAUUGUUAUAUGUAUGCUUACCUGCUGAUUUUUCCGCCAGUUGUAAACCGAUUUUUAAAAGAGUGUUUUUAUUUAAACGCCAUUUUGUGUUGUCGGCAAUUUGGCAUAGUGUAGGUAUAUAAUUUAACUUGGCAAGCCCUUUUAUUUGAUAUCUAUAUUGAAACAUUUGACAACAUUAAAAAAAAACUAAACUUUUAAUUAACAGUACCCAUAAUUUUAGCAUCGUACAUACAUAGGGGUUUUCGUUCAUCUUUUCACGUCAGUAUCAGGAACACAUUUUUACUUGUGCUAAUUUAUAUAAAAUUAAUCAAAAAAU